AUGGAAUAUUCUACCAACAAUGAUGAUAUUAGUACUGAUGGAAUUUCAACUAAUCCUGUUCUUAUUUCCAAAAUGGAUUCUGUACAAACAGAUACAACACAAACAUUAUUUGGCAAUACAAUAUUAUCUCUUGAAGAUUACUAUGAUACUAAAGAAGCCAUUGACAAAAAUAAAGAAAAAAUAGUUAAUAAAUCAUUAAUCAACCCACCUAAGCGAACUACAUUGGCAAUAUCAAUAUUGGAUGUAGAAGCAGCAAACAUAAUAUUAAAGAUAGAAAAGGAACUAUCAAAAUCUAUUAACCUUACAUUGAAUUCUUAUAUUGCUAGUGCUGCCCUUAGAGAAGAAAUUAUAUAUUCCUUCAUGGUUGGUGGAAAUUUAAAGUUAAGUAAUAAAACCCGGUGGUCAACGCUUUGCAUUUUUAUAGAAUAG